AUGGUGGCUCCGGCCUCAACAGGAGGCAUCUCCACGGGCGUUCCGCCUUUAGCGAGUCGCCAACCUACCAGAUCCUCCAGUACCCAUCCUUCGCACUCUCACAAUGUUCCCUUGAGCGCCCGACGGUCCGCGCCCCUCGAUCUGUCCACCGUCGAGCGACGCGGCCAACCCAAUGCCCCUCGAGAACCCACCAAGCGAGUUCGCCCCCAUGGCUUGGAAGAAGCUCCGACCUAUCGUCCGACGGAGGAGGACUUCAAAGACCCCGAGGCAUACAUUCGCAGCAUCGCGCCGGAGGCUAGUAAAUAUGGGAUCUGCCGAAUCAUUCCACCGGAAGGCUGGCAACCUCCCUUCGCCAUAGACACUGAGCGGUUUCAUUUCAAGACCCGUCGACAGGAGCUCAACUCGGUCGAAGGAGGUAUGCCCCCGCGUUCAGCCACGUCUGCCGCCGGUGGAGCUCCGCAGCCCAGUUCUGACCCGGAGCCAGGGACUCGUGCAAACUUGAACUACCUCGACCAGCUAGCCAAGUUUCACAAGCAACAUGGUACCAACCUCAAUCGCUUCCCCAGCGUCGACAAACGCCCCUUGGACUUGUACAAAUUGAAAAAGGCGGUCGAGGUGCGCGGGGGCUUUGACGCGGUCUGCAAGAUGAAGAAAUGGGCAGAGAUCGGGCGCGAUUUAGGCUACAGUGGCAAAAUCAUGUCGUCUCUAUCGACCUCGCUCAAAAACUCUUAUCAGCGAUGGCUCCAGCCCUACGAGGAGUAUUUACGGGUGGCGAAGCCGGGCGUGCAGCAACAACUGGAGCUCGAGCAUGGUGGUCCAUACACUCCCUCGCCUCACCCGUCGCCUAUGCCCAAGAAACCCGCCUCCUCCGAGAACGGCACUCCAUCGGCCACGCCGCAACCGAUGUUGAGCGCCCCCGCCCUUGCCUCGAGGGAGGUCGACGCGACCCCGGAAAAGCCCACGCCGCCAGUCGAUCCUACCCCACCCCGACCGAUGGCUUCCGGCUUCACCGCCGUCAAUACCGGUGGCUUCACGGCUGUGAAUCGCUCUCCAUCGUUUGUGGCGGUGAACAGCGCGCCGGCAGUGAAGCGGGAGGCUGACAAUGGUUCACUCACGCCGAAGAGUGUCGCCGAGCAUCCGGGCAAUGGCCAUGGGGCUCCUCCCAUGAAGCGCGCAAUCAGCCACGAGAGUGGCUCGCAACCCGAGAGUGGCGAAUUAGAUGCGAACGGCCGUCGCAGCAAGCGCCUUCGGAAAGUAGAUGCGCCUCUGCCCACUGUCUCGGGAUCCCACAUGAGCCUCCUCCGUCCCGCCCCCCCUAGGCAACGCAAAACAGAUAUUCGUAAGAAUGGAGAUAAAUGCGAAGUCUGUGGGAAAUCGGAGGACCGGCCAUCGAUCCUGCUCUGCGAUAGCUGUGAUCAUGGAUAUCAUAAAUCCUGCCUCGAUCCGCCCAUUACUACCACGCCCGAAUACGAUUGGCAUUGUCCCAAGUGUCUGGUUGGCACGGGCGAAUUCGGUUUCGAGGAGGGUGGGGUGUACUCGCUCAAACAAUUCCAAGAGAAAGCGAAUACAUUCAAGAAGAAGUACUUUGCCUCCAAGAUGCCCUUCGACCCUGUCCUCAAUACCCAUAAACGCGAGUCGGAGGACGACGUCGAGCGUGAAUUUUGGCGUCUGGUCGAGAGCUUGACGGAAACCGUCGAGGUCGAGUAUGGUGCUGAUAUCCACUCCACCACGCAUGGAAGCGGUUUCCCCACCAUCGAACGCAAUCCUCUCGAUCCCUACUCCGUGGACCCGUGGAACUUGAACGUUCUGCCAUUCCAUGGGGACUCGCUGUUUCGCCAUAUCAAAUCCGACAUCUCCGGGAUGACGGUUCCCUGGGUCUAUGUUGGCAUGUGUUUUUCAACCUUCUGCUGGCACAACGAAGACCACUACGCGUAUUCGGCCAAUUACCAGCACUUUGGGGCCACCAAAACCUGGUAUGGCAUUCCCGGUGCCGAUGCAGAGGCGUUCGAAGAGGCGAUGCGGCAAGCCGUACCGGAACUGUUCGAAGGCCAGCCGGAUCUCCUCUUUCAAUUGGUCACCUUGAUGCCACCGGACCAGCUCAGAAAAGCCGGGGUCAGAGUCUACGCGCUCGACCAGCGGGCGGGGCAGUUUGUCAUCACGUUCCCGCAAGCGUAUCACGCCGGGUUCAAUCAUGGCUUCAACUUCAACGAAGCGGUCAAUUUCGCGCCGGCCGACUGGGAGCCGUGGGGCGCCAGGGGUGUCGUGCGCUUGCAAGAAUUCCGGCGACACCCGUGCUUCUCGCAUGACGAGUUGCUCCUGACGGCUGCCGCUCGCGAUUCGUCCAUCACCACCGCCAAGUGGCUCGCACCCGCGCUGCAGCGUACCUGCGCAAGGGAGUUGAAUGACCGGGCGGUUUUCGCCGCACGCCAUCGGGAGGCCGCUCCGCACACCUGCACCGUCUUCUCGGCGGACCCGGCGCCCACGGGCGAGUGCCAGCUGAAAUUCAUUGUCGAAGAGGAAGACCUGCCUGAAGAUGACUACCAAUGCCAAUAUUGCAAGGCGUAUACCUAUCUGGCGCAGUUCCGAUGCCGGAAGACCGGCAAGACCGUGUGUUUGCCGCACGCAGAAACCUACGACUGUUGCGGAGAAUCGCUGCCGCAAAGGCUACUGGGUCCGGAUCACGUCCUGCGCUACCGCAUGAGCGACGAGACCUUGAAGGCGUUGGUCUCGAAAGUCCAGGAACGCGCCAGGAUUCCCGAGGCAUGGGGAGAGAAACUCGACAAGAUCCUAGACGACGAGCCCAAACCCCAAUUGAAGGUCCUCCAUAACCUACUAAGCGAAGGUGAGAAAAUCCCAUACCAUUUGCCUGGUCUCCCAGAUCUCGCGGCCUUUGUCCAGCGCUGCGAUAAAUGGGUUGAAGAAGCAACCAAUUACAUUACCCGCAAACAGCAAAACCGGAGGAAGAACGAGAAGUUGUGGCGCAAGGGUACUUCCAAGGCUGCGCAGCUGGAAGAACGGGAUCGUGAAGUUCGCAGAGUAGAAAACAUCUACGCCCUUCUUACAGAGGCUGAUAAACUGUCGUUCGACUGUCCACAGAUGGCGGCACUGGAAGAGAAGACCCGCGAGAUCGAGAAAUUCCGCCAGGACGUUAACGCUGCCCUUAUGAACCCCCACAUUCGAUCGGUCCAGGACGUCGAAGAUCUGGUGGACUCGGCUCGCAAUUUCAACGUGGAUAUCCCCGAGGUUGAAAGACUCGAGCACAUCCUCCAACAGAUGAAAUGGAACGAAGAAGCGCGCCGCAAGCGCGACCAAUAUUUGACGCUCCAGGACUGCGAAACCCUGAUUCGCGACGGCGAGCAACUGGGAUUAUCGGCAGACACCAAUGACCAUCUGCUCUAUCUCAAGGAACUCCGUCGCCACGGUGAGGCCUGGGAAGCGAAGGCCCAAGAACUGAUGGCCGUGGAAUCCGUGCACUACCAGCAAUUGGAAGCUCUGUCGGCGCAGGCGACGCGCUUCCCCGUCUCGCCCAAGACCCUUGCCGCGGUCGAUGCCAUAUUAACCAAGCAACGUGAGGCGCAGAAAAGGAUCCAGACCCUCUAUGAGAAAAGCAAGGAUCCGGAUUUCCGGAAUCGCCCGAAAUACAAAGAAGUGCGGGAACUGAUGGAGUCCUUGGAGGAACUGAACAGCCGCCCGACCGGCGCGAUUGACCUGGAGCGGGAACAAAAGCGUCAUGAAGACUGGAUGCGCAAGGGCAAAAAGCUUUUCGGCAAAGCCAAUGCUCCCCUGCAUAUUCUGAAGUCGCAUAUGGAGUAUGUAGAAAAGCGAAACUCGUAUUGUUUCGAUCUCGAAGAUCGCUGCCGGCCUCCGGUGGAACCCGCGUCGAGGGACAACAGCCCGGAUGGUCUGUUGGAGAGCAACCCGACCCCUAGCAUGUGGGGCGGGGGCAAGUCACGGAAGCGCGAUGUGUUCUGCAUCUGUCGUCACUCUGAAGCAGGCAUGAUGAUCGAAUGCGAGGUCUGUCAUGAGUGGUAUCAUGGAAAAUGCUUGAAGAUUGCCCGGGGCAAAGUCAAGGAAUUUGACAAGUACACCUGUCCUAUCUGUGACUGGCGGCAGAAGAUCCCGCGCGAUGCUGCUCGUCCCAAGCUGGAGGACCUGCUCGAGUGGCAGGCCGAGAUACCUGGUCUGCCGUUUCAGCCCGAUGAGGAGGAGAUCCUGGACAAUAUUGUCCAUCAAGCCACCACCUUCCGCGAUUUCCUGCAGAGCUUCACCAAUGCGGCCUGCACGACUACCGAGGAAGUGCCGACCUUGAUCUUCUAUUUGCGCAAGAUCGAGGGAGCCGAGGUCUUGUUGGCGUACGAAACCAAUUUCUUCCGUCAGGAGAUCCACAAAUGGGCGCCGGUUGCUCCGGAGGCGCCACCGAUUCUCGAGCAGUCCCUCUCGACCCGCAAGCCUCGUCCGACCAAGCAGCAGAAAAUCAUGGCCCAGCUCGGUGUGGAGCGGCCGGAAGAUCUCCCGCCGCACUUGCGCUCCAAGGCGCCCAAUCCGGUCAAACGCAAAUCGAUCGAUAUCACGACGAGUCGGCCUAGCCUGCUUCAGCCCUCGCCUGGCGGUGGUGACGGAUCCCAGUCGGAGUCAGGGCCCACCUUGACCCUGGGCGAUUCGCAAAAUCCGCCGUAUCCGUUCUCCGCCAGCUACACGCUUGCCGCCAGCGACUCGACGCCGGCCUUUGCGCCGGGAUCCUCAGCUUUCUUGCCCCACGUCUCCUCGGCCGACUCGCCUUCCUUUCCGCCCCGAUCGCCUCCCCUCCAGCACUCCGGUCUGGAUACAUCUUUGUUCAGUUCUCCGCGAUUCAGUCGGGACCAUCACGACACAGCUCCUGGUGUGGUUGACUCGCAGGAUCCCUUCGAUAGUAGUCCUCGGCAAAACCUGGACGAUGUGUUUGCCGACCUCACCAACCAGGACACCGAAGGGGAUCCGGAGGUGGAACCCGAGCCCGAGCCCAUGGAGAACACACAUGCCAACGAGGCACUGGAGGUUCUCGAUGUGAGUAAUGGCGAGAGCCAUUCCGAUCAUGAUGAGUCUGAUGAUGGUAACGUCAAUGGUCACGUGGAUGUGGACGAUAUCGAAUAA